UAUCUUCACAUUUCACUAUGUGAACUUGAACGAACCCCGUGGGACAUAUUGCGAGCAGAUGGACACUUUUUUUUUCUUCUUUUUUUUUUUUAAAUUAGAUGAUUUCGUAAACGUUAAACAUGAAGAAAUGGCACUUACACCAGCUCAGCGCCAUAGUAUUGAUGCCGUUUCUAUGACAACACUUGUCACGAAAGCAUUGAGCUGAUGUCGGCAGUCCAGCAUGAGUGUGAAUACGAAACCCAUGAUGGCCACCUCGUGUCCAUCAAGCCCGACGAAACCUACUUCCUGCUCUCCAGGACUAAUAAACACUGGUGGCACGUCUGCACCAAGCACGACAACACCAGGCCCUUCUACAUCCCCGCCCGGUAUGUGCGGGAUCUCGACGCGAAAGCGACAAUGACGGCGGCCCGUGAAGCUCUCGGAGAUUCCUGCCGGUUCUCCACGUUUGGCGUCUGUGACGCCAAAGCUGAGGUGAAACCUGAAAGAAGCACACGCGGUGGAGGAGACGGACAGCACGGAAAAGUGGAAUUGACUGUCAGAAUAGACGAGGAGGAUCGGUUGCCUUCUUGUGAUGUCAUUGCAAUGCACAAGGUGGAUGAUGAGAGUGUACGAGCGCCCAUCUACGUCAACGUAGCUCAGCUUCGCCAGAACCCCGCCGAAUCGCCGCCCCACCAGGACCCUGACGGAUGGGAGGUGCACCUUGAUCCGGAGAGCGGUCAGGACUACUACUACCACCCCGCCACAGGGCACACCACCUGGGAAAACCCCCUCGCCAAGUCGUCAGCUGACCCUGAACCGCUUCCCCCCUUACCCUCUCGGUCUCCCACAUACUUCUUGUCCACCGCCUCCCGCCCGGCGUGGACGUCAGACUGGGAGCAGAUAGUGGAUGAGCGCAGCGGGUGCCCCUACUUCUACAACGCCAUGUCUGGGGAGACGUCCUGGGAGCCGCCGGAGCCACUCAGCCCGUACCCCCCCCUGAUGGAGCCUAUGAGCGUGCACCGCUUUCACCAGGACAAGUCGCCUCAGCUACCCGAGGAAGACUACCGCUCGGAAGAUUACCCUGGAGGUGCUGAUAGACCUGAUCCUGACGAGGAGACCCCUACCAUGGGGUCGCCCACAUCUCCCAGGGAAUACGACCUGUCCCACGUGAGCCGCACCGUAAUCCCCCGGGCCAGCCUGGAUCGCAGCACGCCAUCCGGCUGGAGGCUCAUCGUGGAGCCCAAUGGCACCUGGGUGUUCACCAAUGAGCACUCGCUAGAGCAGUGGGUCAAGUCCAUGGACGACCUGGGCCAGACUUACUACUACCUGAGAGACGGAUCCAAAUCCCAGUGGAACCUGCCUGAGGCAGUCCCUGCGUUGCCGGGGCUGUCCCAGGAGGAGAACGGUGUGGAAGCCGAUGAGAUGUCUGUCAUCACGAACUGGAGACAUAGCGUGGGACCGACCCAGCUCGCCUCAGUCCAAGAUGACGCAAGUUUCGUACCGACCCACCGGAGGACCACGUCGGACUACAGCAGCGACAGCUCCAGCACGGGAAACACCCCCGAGGCGCAGCCCAACGCUCCUGGGUUUCAACUCUGGAGAAACCCCUACUACCUGACCUCCAGGUGGCUGCGGUAUAACGUGCAGAACUUGGAGAAAGCCGGAAUCCUCAACAAGACAAAAGUGUCUGAAAAUGGCAAAAAAGUGAGGAAAAACUGGGCCCAGACCUGGACGGUCCUGCAUGGAGGCACACUGACCUUCCACAAAGACCCAAAAUCGACAGCGGCAGGAGUUUUGAGCAAGACCAAUCAGAUCGUCCCAGAGGUGUCAGUGGACCUGCGAGGCGCCAUGAUCAGUUGGGCCUCCAAGGACAAAUCGAGCAAGAAGAACGUUUUAGAGUUAAAAAGCAGGAACGGCGUUGAGUUUCUGCUCCAGUACGAUACUGAGAGCAUCAUCAGUGACUGGCACAAAGUAUUACUAGACACUAUACGACAACUGGAGUACCAGGACCACCGCUCCGAGGAGGAGGACGGCGACGACGUGUAUGAGAAGAUCGGCGCCGUGGAGCAACAGAUUGCCAGCGACUGGCGUAGGGCCUCCAGGCCGAGUGUCAACAACACCAGCGGCGGAGAAACCGACCCAAAGAAGGUUCGCACCAAGCUAAUCAAGUUCCUCUUGAAGCGUCCCUCGCUUCAGGCAGUCAAGGAGAAAGGAUACAUACGAGAAAACGUGUUCGGCUGCCACCUGGCCACGCUUUGCGCACAGGAGAGGACCACCGUUCCGAGCUUUGUGGAGAAGUGCAUUAAAGCGCUGGAGAAGAAAGGUUUGGAUAUCGACGGACUCUAUAGGGUCAGCGGGAACCUCGCUGUCAUCCAGAGACUGCGCUACAAGGCAGAUCACGAGGAACUGGACCUAGAGGAUGGCCAGUGGGAGGACGCUCACGUCCUCACUGGAGCACUGAAGCUGUUUUUCCGCGAGCUUCCCGAGCCACUUUUUCCCUUCAGCCACUUUGACAAGUUCAUCUCUGCCAUCAGACUGACUGAUUACAACACAAAGGUGUGUCGCAUUUAUGAGUUUGUCAAAUCUCUUCCCGCCCCUAAUCACGACACCAUGAAACUCCUGUUUGGACAUCUACGGCGGGUCAUCCAGUGUGGCGAGGACAACCGCAUGACGGUGCAGAAUGUGGCCAUCGUGUUCGGCCCGACACUCCUGCGGCCUGAGUCGGAGUCGGGCAACAUCACCAUGCACAUGGUUUUCCAGAACCAGUUAGUGGAAUUCAUCCUCAACGAGUACGAGCGCCUUUUCCACUCGGGCUGAAGGAGUUUAUUUGAAGAUUUAACACGACACCUCUUGUGACACGAUUGUACUAUAGAAAUGUAUACAGCUAUUAAUAUGAGCAAGCCAUUGUGAAAAACCCCCCAAUAUAGAUUGUUUGCAUUAAAACAAUAUCUAUGCUGUAUUUUUAUUUCUCUAGUGACAACAUAGAACUACUGUAUAUAUAGAUUAAUGACAGACUGGAGAGGAGGUGGCCGUUAAAGAAAAUGCAUGUGCUGUGAAAUAGAAUUACACAGCAUUGAUAUGCUGAAAGUUGUCAAAAAUGUUAUACAAUGUUAUUCCAUAAUAAAAUAACUUUGAAAAGA